CCGCGUCAUGUUGGCAGCCUGCAUUUUGGACAACAUGUCCGCUGUGCUUUACGCAUUGGUUUCAUUUGACUUGGACGAGAGCCGAAUAGGUACGAGAUACGUUUACGUGGCGAUUGCGGGUCCGUAUUUUAAUUUGCCAAGUGCAUCGACGUCGACAUCACCGCUCGUGUCAUGCAUAUCGAGGAUUUAGGUCGCGAAUUGCGAUGUUUAUAUUCGACACAAACGAGUCUGUAUGAAAUAUUACAUAUUACAUUUCGUGGGGGAUUUACUUGUUUUCCAUGCUAAAGCUAGCCACGAAUAAACAAUUGAGCUCUAUGCGUGUGUGAGGCAACAGUAACUAAAACUUUGGUCAUCAAAGCUCCAGCAAUGGCAGAGGAAGAAAGGAUACCGUCUCUUUCAGAGAAAGAUGGUACCGACGCUUGUCAAUCGAAAGAAAGCUACGUUCCAGAGGAACCAACUCUAGAUAUAUCAAUCUCCUUGUUAGACAUACAAAUGCCGGAAACGCCAGAUAGUACGAAAGGCCAGAUAAGCGACGGCGAUACGUCAAGAUUGGAGAGUCCAAAGGCAAUGAAGCCAGUACUUGGCAAGGUUCAAGCCAAAAAACGAUUGAUGGCAUUCGCCAAUCGGUUCAAAGCUUUGCCCAAGGCCCAAGUUAAGCCCAACUUGUCUCAGCAUUCCACUGGAGCUUUAAAGACAAAAGAUAAGACUAUUCAGGAUGACACAAACACAAAUAAAUCGAGAAAAAAGACAGAAGAAAAAAUUCUGGCCAUCGAAGAAAUUCGAAGGGAGGAAUCUAAAAGUAAAUUGUUACUCGCGGAAGCUAUGGCAGCAGCAAGUAUGGAAGACGACAAUCAUGUUAGCAAGAACACAUCUGGUUUAUUUGAAGGCACAAGACAUACGAAAGAUAAAAGUAAACACGAGGGGAUAAGUGGUGGUGAUCGUAAAAAGAGGUCGACGGAUCGAAAAUAUUCAGAGAGGCAUCGACGGCGUGACAAGAUUGAUAGAGAUAAUUCGAGUCAGGAUGCUAAAAAUCGCAAUGGAAGUACAGAACGUUUUUCGCGAAAAUCGUCUCAGGAUAGGGAAAAGCAUAAGAAAGAUAAGAAAAAGAAAGACUAUAAAGAUAAGCGUGACAGUAGCAAGACAGAUCGUGACAAGAAAGAUGACGGAAAGGAUAAGAAAGAGAACGAGAAGGAAAAGCAGGAAGAGACAAAAGAGAGAACUGAAGCAACAAAGAAUAAGAAAGAAAGUGUGAAGGAUAAACGAAAUGAUACGUUGGACGUGGAAGUAGAAGGCAAGGAUAAAAGAGAGAAAGACAAAUGGAAAGAAAAGAUGUUGUUGAGGAGUAACUCGUGGGCGGAAAUACGAAAAUCUGACUUGACUCUCGACGAUAUUAUUCAUCUUCGAAGACGUUUCGGUGACAAUUCCGAACAAUCGAGUGUCAAAAACAGAACAACACAAGAUUAUACACGUUAUUUUGAACAGAUGUUAAUGUUAAGUAAUCACCGUCUAAAGCGUCAAGCGUUAAUAGUUGAGGGAUUAAAGGGACCCAAAAAAUAUCCACCUGAAUCAAUUAAAUUGACGAAACGAGCACGGGGAUUGCAGUUAUUGUAUUGUGAAAAUCCGCGCGCUUCUCUUUUGUUAAACAUGUCGCAACUUUUGCAAGCCGUCACUCCUGAACGUCGCGAGAAGAUGCGUGACAUAUGCGAGGCGUCUUUAUCACGGACCGAUACGGAAGACACGCUGCAGCAGAAGACGCGUAACUGGUAUCAACAAAUAAAUAGAAUCAAGUGUCACAAAGAUACCGGAUGGCAGGUGACCGUACAGCUUCCAAAGUCAAAAUGGGACAGUGAAGAUGAGGAAGUAUCGUCUAUCGGCGUAACAAAAGAACAAGUUGAAGAACCAGUAAACAAGCAGCACGUUUCCGUGAAACAGCAAGAAAGAUGUGCCACGACUUGUAGUGUAACGGACCAAGACAAAAUUGAUGACAACGCUGAGAGCAUCGAAAAAGAUGAUAAAUCCAGUGAAAAGAUCAACGAGGAUAAAACGAGAGAUGACCAAGCAUCGACGUCUUCUGUGCCACAACCUGCCGGAAAUGAAAAGCUAGCUUCAGAAUAUGAACAAUUUAUGAAGAUGGUAUGCACUACAACCGAUGUGGCUAAAGAAUAUUCUCCAAAGAAAACCCCCGUUAAAUCUAGUUCUCCACAUAGUUAUCACGAAUUUGAUAUAGAAUCUAAUUUAGCUGAAGAUGGCAUAAAUAAUAUGGAAAAAUUUGAAAGAGGAGAUAACCAAAAAAUUCCAGAGGAAUCGGUAAAAAGUACAGAAUGUACGGAAGACUCCACUUUGUCGACGGACUGUCAAAUACAAGUCAAUGAAAAUAAUAUACAAAUCGAGCGUACAAACGAGAAUGCCGAGUCUGAGGAUUCCAAAUCAAUACCGAGUGAUUGGGAGAAUGUUCGAAUCAAAGUCGAACGAUUGAGUGACGAAAAUACUGAAUCUAGAGAGGUGAAGAAAAAGAAGAGACGAAAGAAAAUGACAUCUAGCAGUGAUUCGUCUAGCAGCACCACCUCGUCAGAUUCAGAAAAGGAGGAGAAGAAGAAGAAGAGGAAACGCAAACGGAAAGCACUGAGUAAUUCGUCUUCUUCCGAUUCAGACAGCACGGACAGUAGUAGCAGUAGUAGCGACUCUAGUAGUUCGGAAGAAAGGAGGAAAAGAAAGCGGAGGAAGAAAAAAGUUGAAAAGAAAAGGAAGAGGACGAAACGCACCGCGCGAAUAAAAAAGAAGCGUAGGAGAAAGAUUAGCACCGAUUCUAACAGCAGUGACACGGACGAACAUGCGAAGAAAAUGAAAAAGAGAAAAAGAGUCAAGAAGAAGGCAAUAGAAGCCAAAUCUAUUAAUAAUGGAGAUAUAAGUAAGAUAACAUCAAAGUCUCCUGUAAUGGCUUCAUCUUCAGACGGGACAAAAAUAUUACAGACUCCAGUAAGCAAGAUUAAAGAAGAAGAAGAAGAAGAAGCAGCAGCAGCAGCAGCAGCAGCAGCAGCAGCAGCAGCAGCAGCAGCAGAGGCAGUAGCAGGUGAGGACAGAAAGAGGUCCGAUCAAGUUACCUCAACGAAGAAAACUAUUGCUGAUAUGAGUAUACGUGACAACGAAUGUUUGAAACAGAAAAAGGAAGAGAAAGAAAAUAAGCCGGACGAAAGUUUUAUGGAACAAUGGGAAAUGGAUUCUAUGAUGCAACAAAAUGAUGGUGAUACCUCAAGUCAGGAUUGUACUGGAGAAUUGGAAAAGUUGGACGACUUAGAGAAAGGUAAAUAUCGAAGGAAAAGGCAACAUAGUCGAGAUAAUACUGAGCAUGAGAAAGAUAGAUCAGCGAAGGUGAGCGAAGAAAGGAUUCAUGAGGGAAAAGCAGGAUCGGACCAAGAUAUUGAAACAAAAAGGAAGAAAAGAAGAGAAAAAGAUAUUAAAGGUAGCACCGAGUUUCUUGCAAACUGGGAAAAGGCGAGUGAGCGUAUUACUCAACAGAUAACACAAAACGAAGCCAAGUAUUUGAAAAAGUUAGAAAAGCAGAAGAAAGAGAAGUGGGGAGAAACCGAUUUUGACACAUUAAACGUGCCGUCUCUGACACAACUUGAAAAGGAGGUAUAUCCAAAGCAUCUUCUAGCGGAUGAGUGGGAAGUGGAUAGUUUGGAAGCGUUACCAGAUCUAAUUAUGAGCAAACGAAAAAGCAGUCAGGCCUCGUCGAAAAAAAUGGAGAAAGAAGUUAGAUAUGAUAAGAAAACGGAUACCUAUAUUGCAAUAGAAAAGGAAAGUGUAAGAGAAAUGAAAAAGAGGCAGGAACGUUUGUAUGCAAUAAGAAUAUGGGAGGAGGAGCAAGAGGAAGGUGAGAGAGAAGAGAUGAUGCUCCGGAAACAGAAGAGCAAGCAAUGUAAAACAGACGACUGGGAUAUUGAGGAGGAAUCUGCUUUUCGUAAAACUACCGAGGAAAUGGAAGUUUGUAAGGUUAAUGAGAUUGUCGCGUUAGAGAAGGAUAGAGAAUGGACGAAAACCGAUGAAGAAAAGAGUAUCAAGGAAGACGCGAAUAAAUUAAUGGUGAAGCCAAGUAAACGGAUUAAAAAGAGUCGUUGGGACAUGGGCUCUCAGUCCGAGGAAAAAUCAGACGCUAAAGAUAUAUGGGAAGAGGAUUAUGCCGAAUGGUCCAAGAUUAACAAGUGCGAGCAAGAAUUUGAAAAGACGAAAAAGGCUCAAUCUGAUCUGAUAGAUCUCUAUCACAGUAGAGAAUCAUCGGUAAAAGAUUUAAUCACUGCAAAAGCAAACGAAGAGCAACCCAGCGAGGAGCAUCGAACUAGAGAUCAACUGAAGGAAAUUUUAGAAUCGGAUGUAAAGCUCAAAGAGAAGACUUUAGAACUCUACAGUCCUAGUUCUCCAGCACUUUCUCAAAAGUCUCAGGAUGCAGAAGUGUCUAAUGAGAGCAGCUCCUGUAAUUCUCUGCUUCGUGAGAAAAGAAAGAAAGAAAUGUUAAUUGCAGCAGACCAACUAUCGAUUCCUAUGUCUGGAAUACCUUUACAAUUAACAAAGCUACGUGAUACUAAACAUGCGUCGAGUGAAAAGACGGAAAGUAUUUUGAACAAACUGGAGGCUAAGGAUUCUGCUGAUAACUUUGACAUUAAAGUCGCUGAUAAUUUAUUUGACGACAUCCCAAUGAAUGAAUCGUGCCCACAAGUACACACCUCAAAACCUAUGGAUAUUUUUGCAGAGUACGGAUCCAAGAAACCAUGUGGUAAACAGCAUGGCGUGAGUACCACUGUAAACUCAUCGACGCAUACGACGAAAGAUGAAACGAAUGAAGGGAAGAAUGCGCUUAAACUCAUUCCGAAGCAGCUCUUGAUUCGUCGUACCAACGAACAAAUAAAACCGAAACGUAUCUUGGAGACACCAUUGCAGGAUCCUGCUCAGCAUGCAGCGGCCCUAUUGACAAUACAAAAGAAGUUGUUGGAGUCGCACGCGUUAAAGAAUGAUAUCCAAGAAUACCCGACCGAGGAACAAGCGGAACAAUUUGAACAGAAAUACAGCGUGGCGAGUAACGACGGAACCAAUAGCGUAUUAUUAGACACGACUGAAUUUUCCGUCGCUCCUAAAUCGUCGGUAAUACGACAAUCGAGAUCCCCGGCGUCGGAGAAGGCGGUCUCUAUUCGAUCCGAACAAUCUGAGAACUACGAUAGAGAGAGUAAGAACGACGACGUAAAGAGGUAUAAGACUAAUCGUAAUCUAACUGAUACUAAUAUUCCGUCGAGCUUACAUUCUCCCGUCCGGGAACACAGAAAGAGGAGUCCUAGCAAGAAAGAAAGUGAGAAACGACAUUCGCACGAAAAAGAUCGGAAAGAAAGGAAAUCUGACGAUGCGGACAAGUCGGACAGAAGGGACGCUACAAGCAGUUCCAAAGCAGAUUUUGCAGAUAGAAGAAGAUCGAGCCCUUCGGGACGAGGAGGAGGGAGAAGAAGGAGGAGCAGAAGCCCAUGCGUCUCGUGGGAACGGCAAGGAAGCGGGAGUGGAAGUCCCGGUCAUAGCUGGAGCAGAAGUCGUAGUAAAAGUCCAAAGAGGAAGGACGAAGCUACUACUAGUACGCGGGACAGAGAUAAAAAAAGAGAAAGAUACGACGAUGAGCGAUCGGGUAGAUUGAGAACGGACGAGAGAAAAGAGAGAUACGCGCGAUCUCCACCACGCUUCGGUUACAACGAGGAUAACUUUAAAAAGCACGGCUCUUCUAAGAGCAAUCGUGAUGACUGGAGUAGAAGAAAACACGACAGUGCGGAUAGAGAUCACGAGAAGGAUACCAGAUCGUACGACCCGAUGGAGAUUUUAAGGGAGAGAACAGUGGAAUCGGACAAGUAUAGAGACAAUAGAUUUCACACCGAAGAAUUGGAUCGUACGUUUUGGCCGUAUGAAAACAGCGGUAUUUUACGAGAUGGUAACGAAUCCAUAGAUUCAUACACCGUUGGACAGGAUUUGCCUCUUGAAUAUGACGAUCGAUCGUAUUAUAGAGAGGGAAGUCUGGAAAGGGAUACGUUACAAUCUUCGCCUCAGUCGCAGUCAAAAUACAAGAGAAGAUCUAAUGCAAGGAGGGAACGGCAAUGGGAAAAAGACAAAGACCCUUCGGAUUUGGAUCGUCACGGGCAUCUGGGACACAGACCGCGAAAUCGAACACCACCGCGAUCGAGGUAUUCGCCUAUGCGCCAAGAACGAUUUCGACGAAAAUCCAGAUCACGUUCGAGAUCUUGGUCACCAGUGAGAUCUCGAACACGAUCUAGAUCGAGGUCGGGUUCGCGUUCUAGAUCGACGUCAAGGUCAAGACCGAGGAUGAGAUCGCAAUCGAGAUCGAGAAGCAGAUCUCCGUUCGAUGUAAGAUCGAGAGGAAAAUCUACUCUGUCGAGAUUAAGGAGCCCGGAACAUGCAUUCAGAAUGUCAGAGUUGCGUUCUUCCAGAUCUCCUUCGCCUGGUAGGGAAAGACUAAACGAGGUAGAAAGCGAGAGGAAGGACGAGGAUGGAAAUAAAAAGUUUAGCGCUUGUAGCGAAAGGGGUAGGCGCAUAGAGACUAUUGUUCAGACGGGUGUUAUACCGGGAACAAGCAUCUUGGACUCAGAAAUGGGUAUCAAUAGCAGUAUGGACGCAGCUGUUGCAAACUUUCAAUAUUCAAAUGAGAUCGAAGGCGGAAAUGAAUAUUAUUAUACAGAGAAUAAUUUAACUUAUCCUCCUUGUAUAGACGAGUCGUCUACGAGCUCCCCGAAACGUUUAUCUCUUGACGAUAGAUUAGAGUUAGAAUUAGGUAUUAAAAAGCAACACAACAAGGAUUCUGUUGCUUCCGAAUAUUCUUCUAAUUUUAAUUCCAAUGUUAUUGCAUAUCCGUCUCCACCUCCUCCCCCUCCUCUUCCUCCUCCUCCUCAGCAACAGCAGCAACAGAUGAUGUACAGACAGCAGCCUACAGUUGUACAGGUUGGAAAUGUCUUACAAGUGGUGCCUGCUGAUUUCAAUGGAGUGCACGCUGCACGUCGGGAAGUGUCCACUACAGCCACGGCUCCGCCUGUGCGAUCCGGAUCUAGUCAGGUGGUACGCGUAGGUAACGUUCUCCAAGUAGUACCCACCUCAUUAGAUUGGAGUAGUAGCAAUCACAGCAGUGGCAACGGUGGCGGCGGCGGCGGCAACGGCAGCGGCGGCGGUGGUAGUAGCGGUCAAUCUUCGUCAACCGCAGAUCAGUCCAAUGGGGCUUUAUAUUCCUCAGCUGUCCCAGCGCUCUCACCCUCGGCACCUUCGGUUCCUAUGUCUGUACCUGUCCCCGUUCCCGUUCCAUUGCCCGUGCCACCAGCCUUACCCGCUGCGACAAAUACUCUCGCCCCCAUGUCAUCAGCUCUUCCACUGCCGCUGUCAUUGCCAGUACCUGUUCCCGUGCCAGUACCGAUUUCCCCCGCGACGUCAACAGCGUUCCCGAGGAAUGAGCCACAAAAGAUAGUUCAACCUGUAUACAAUUACGAGGCUAUACUCGAGACACGGCGUAAGGAACGAGAAGAGCGUAAACGGUUACGCGAGUUACGUAGAAAAGAGAAGGAGCGCAGAAGAAUAGAGCGGGUUAAUCGGCGAGCUCUGCGAUUACUGGAAAAGAACAAUACAUCGCGACAAACGAGUGAGGUUCUGUUGGAUCAUCGCAAGGGUGCGAUUGUAGAUCCAUCAGUUCUGAAAGCAUUGAAAGAAGGAGAGGAACAAGCUGAAUCUCCCUCAGUUAAUCCGACGAAAGAGGAAGAGGAGACGACAACAUCGAUCAAGGCGGAAGAUGAAGACGCCGCCGCGGACGAAGAAGAGGAUGACGAUGAGGACGAGGCCGAGGCGGAAGAUGACGAGGAAGAAGAAGAGGAGGCGGAGGAUGAGGACGAGGAUGACGAUGAAGAUGAGAAACCAUUACAAAUGAUCAAUCAGCGAAUUGAAACCGAUGAAGCGAUAGCAGCUGAUGCGAAUAAAGAUCAGGCGGAAAUCGAAACUAGAAAGGAAUGGCCGGAAUUGCCACCUCCGCCAUUAAAAGGCAUUUUGGUUGUUCCAGGAUUUAGGAGAGACGCGAUUCCUAAUGGUAACUUGAAUGAUUCGUCGGAUGUGGACGACAACAACAUCAAGGAUGGGAGUGACAAAGACGAAGAGAUAGAUAAGAAUAAUGAAUGCGACAAAGACAUGGAACCCGACGGGAAAUCUGGGAAAUCAAGCUUAGGACAAUUGACAAAGACGAAGAGAAACAAAAAGUCCGUUCAGUUCGCUGAUGGCGUAAAACCUGGCGAGGGGACCAGUCCCAGCGGUGGCGAAGGCGACAUGCCUUCACCGCCUCCUCCUAAGGAAAUAGGUUUCCGUGACGGACUCGGGGAUUUGAGACGAGACAAGAAUUACAGCUCUCGAAAGAGCAGAAAGCAGGAGAAGAGAGCGAGGCCACCGAAGGCGAAGAAAAAAGUUAAGGUAAAGAUAAUCAAGUUGAAGAAACCACGCAUUACACCAUUGACAGCUAUGAUGAUGGACGAUUCCGACGAGAUGGACGAUCGUUCGCCACCUCCACCACCUCCCGGUUCCCCACCGCCGCCUCAUCUCUGGCCCAGUUACCUCUCGAUCUACAAUACAACGGUACGAGCGAUUGAACAACCGCAAACCACGACUACAACCUUAACAUCCGUUCAAGCUCCGCCGCCGCCGCCGACUCCGUUGCCUCUUUUAGUUCCGCCACCUCCACUGAAUUAUACGAUCCAACCCUGUAGUAAAUCUUAAGCUAGCACUCGCGAUGUCGGUUUUGUAUAUUUUGUUUCAAGCGAGGCAUUUUUUCUCUCUCGUGAAACAGUAAAAUAUCUCUGUGCUGCAAGUCGCAUUAGACUGUAAGGAUUAAGAACUGUACAUUGGUCUCGAAAUUGAGACUUGAAUAACGAUAAAAUAAAAAUGAUGGAUUAUGUCGAAAAAUACCAUAUAUACCAAUAAUUGAUGUUGUAAAUAUCCUCGCAAUGUUAUCGUUUUUCUCCGACCAAGAGAUCGUGAUCUUAAUCUUGAUCCAUUGCGUCCGUAACUUUUAAUAAUAACCUCGUAUUAAUAAUCUAUUUCGUAUAUUUUCGAUAUUAAGAAUCGUGGAAUAUAUAACGUAGAAUGUCUCCGAACUGACGAUGCCGAAUGAGAAAAAGUUCAAUCUUACAUUGUUUUGCACUGUAAAUAGAAGGUUAUCUUUUCAUUAAUAUAUGUUAAUAAGGGUGCUUUUUCAACAACUUUAAUGAUCUCAUUUAAGGCUAUAAAGAUAAGUAUAAAAAUUGAUUCUGCCAUAAGGAAGUGUUCGGCUGCGUUAUUAGUUCCGAGGCACUCUGCAUUAGAGGAUCGCAAUGGUAAUAGAUACAAUGUAAUUAUGAUUAUUGUUAAUAACGUAUCGUCAAUACGACUUAUUACAAGUAAGAAUAUAUUUCAAGAGAUGCACUGUAUGUAUACAUUGUAUUGUAUAUCUCACUUUGUCACAAAUACACGUGGCUAAUUUAAGA